AUGAGAACAUGAGUGAGAAUAAGAGGCGCAAUUGUUAUGAUUUUAGACAUGAUCAUAAAAGAGGAGUGACCAGUGAAAAGGGACACAACUUUGGUGAUCUUUACGAUAAAUUUUAACUUCGUCUCUUCCUACUCAGACUGUCAAGUGGCUGUCUAGUGUGGGUUUGUUGGACGGUAUCAGUAUUAGCAGUGUUGAGGUCCCGUAAGACUUAAGUUUGUGCCAUUGGUCGUGCCUCAACAAAACAAGCUAACGUCAACAUAGCAUUGUGGUUUAACUCAGAGAUACCAACCAAGAUGCCGCUGUUCUUUAGGAAGAAGAAACCCAGCGAGGAAGCCAAAAAGAGGUUGGAGUAUCUGCUCUGUCGGUCCAAGGAGGCAGGUGCUGAUGACAUUUUAGACAUAUCUUCUUGUGAGCUUUCAGAGAUUCCUUCCAGUGUUUUUUCAAAUUGUAAGCACUUUCAGAAAAAGGUCUUGAUAGUUCACAGCAAUGAAAUAAAGUCUUUGGUUCCGAAAGGUUGUGAACUCACUAAUUUAGUCACUCUUAAGGUAUUAGACCUGCAUGAAAAUAGACUUACAUCCCUCCCUGAUGAUAUUGGAAAAUUAACAUCUUUGCAGAUCCUAAAUCUGGAAAAGAACCUUUUAAAGAUGCUGCCAGACUCAAUUGGGGAGCUACGGUUCCUGCAGACACUAAAUUUGAAGGGUAAUGAGCUCAGUGAACUACCCUCCUCAAUGGGCUCUCUGAGCAGCCUCCGCACUUUGGAUGUGAGCGACAAUCACAUCGCCCAACUGCCCAAAACUCUAGCCCUUAUACGAACUUUAGAGAGCUUUACUCUUGAUGCUGCUAAGAUGAUUUACCCGCCUGACACUGUGUGCACAGAGGGAACAGAGUGCAUUCAGCGCUUCCUCUGCUCUGAGCUGGGAGUGGAGUACUGCCCCCCUUCACAGUACCUCCUGCCGGUGCUGGAGAAUGACUCUGUCAGAGACAAUACAGACUGUUUGGAUGGCCAAGAGGAGGCCUGGCAGACCAAAUUUAGCGACUAUGAGAAGAGAAAGGAGCAGAAGCACCAGGAGAGGCUGGCCUUUGAGCAGCAUUUGGAAGAAAAACACAGGGAGCACACUCAGCUUUUAUUACUGAACAAUUCUCUCAAAGAAAACAUUCUCAACUCUGUACGGCAGGAGCAAGAGAAAAUCGAUGAAGGCCUCACUCAGCAGCAGAGGGCUCAGGAGGCAGAGCGGCUCCUGGUGCUGGAGAAGGUACGGCAAGUGGAGGAUGACAUCACCAGCCGCAUUGACAGUAUGCUCAUGGACAACAAUCGACAAAAGAAGAGCGCAGAGUUUCUCCAAGCCUUAGAAGAGGAUCGGAUUCGAAUGGAGCAUCUUACUGCUAUCACACAGGAGGAAGCCAAUUCAUUGAGGAAGAGGGAGGUGGCAGCGGCUAUGCAGAAGAUGCUUUCAGACAGCUGUGCUGUGCGCCUCCUGCAGAAAGAAAGUGACUAUCGAAGGCAGAAUCUUGUCUCUGAGGCUUAUAGGAGUAUGGAAACAAUGGACCGAAGGUUUGACAAAAUGUUGUCCCUGCAAGUUUUGGACAAAUCUAAAGCCAUCGCACAAAUAUUGCAAGAGGAAGAGAUGCAAAAAGCUGCAUUUCAAGCCUUACAGUUGCAAAAAGACAGCGUACAUGGCUACAUACGUAACCAGAUCACACUCAUCGAGGCAGAGUUAAUGCAGCUGACAAAACUGGAGGUUAAAAGACGUAAUCUGGAUGCUGAAAAUUUACAGGUUGUCUUGGUGCAGCAGCGUGAAGCUCUUGGCGACUUACUACAGCAACUUCUUAAACAAAGAGAUCAAAGAGAGCAGGAACUACGCCAGAUUCUGAUGGAGCUUGAGCAGAAGUGUGAGUCCAGUCAGCAGAACUAUUGGAUGAUUCAGUAUCAGCGACUUCUAGAUGCCAAACCUAUAUCUCUUCGGAUGCAGGAAGCUGGCGUGGAGAUAGAGCUAGUGAAUCUCUUAUGCAGACUGUCAGUUCAACAUUAUCUGCCGAUUCUGGCUCAUCAUAAGAUAACUACUAAGGCCCUUCGACAAAUGACUCCUGCUGACCUCAAGAAGCUUGGAAUUAAUGAAGUGGGUAUUCAGAAAGCACUUUUAAAAUGGGCUCAAGAAGAUGGGUCUCAAGGGGCCUGUAAAGCAGAAGAGGAUGAAGCAGGACCAUCCUCUGGUCGUUCUGUACCCUCCCCUGUCCUCUCAAAUAUAUCUCCCAUUCAUUAUCCCAGUCCACCUCUCACCCCGGGCACCCCUGUCACGCCCUCUGCCCCAAGUCCUGUGGAUGGGCCAGGGAGCUCCGAGUGUGUUGUCUGCAUGGAAACUGGGUCUCAGGUCAUCUUCCUGCCUUGUGGACAUGUGUGCUGCUGUCAGGUGUGCAGUGAUGCUCUGCAGAACUGCCCCAUGUGUCGCGCCACUAUUUCUCAGAGGAUUCGUCUUUUCCACAGUUAAAACAGACUCCACUCCUCUACUCCUGUUUAGCUGGUGACUGCUGUUCUGAGCUAAAAUGGCAUGAAGUUCUACUUCAAUAUCACUGUCAUCUAUUUUUAUUUUUAUUUGUAAGAUAUUUUAGAGCCUCUUUUAAAUGAGUCUGUUUUACAAAAUUCCUUCAGUGAGUGCCUUUUCUUAAAGUCAGUUUUACUAGUGCUCACCAAAGUGCAGUCGUAACACCGCUGUCAUAACAUUCUAUGAUAUUGUACCUUUUUGUUUUAAGCUUGCUGUUCUCAGACUGCCAUUGGUAUAAUAUGGCUAAUGUACAUAAUAUAUAACUAAACUCAGAUAAAUGUGCAAUCAUAUACUGUGAUUAUAUAAAAUCAUUUGCAUUUCAUAUCCUUUAUUGUAUAUUGUAUUCAGAUUCAGACAUUAUUAAUUCCACCAGGGGCAUAUAGUUUGAGCAGUAAGAUAUCAUCAUAAAUGUUCACUUACAUUUACAUGUGUAGGAGUUACAGCCAUAAGAGAGAAAUGUAUGAAUAAGAUAUAAACUCACUAGUAUCUUAUUAGUAUUUUACAGUAUUUAUCUUUCAUAUUUUCUGCUUCUGUAUUUUCUGUCAUUUAACUGCAUGUUUCAGUCUGUGUCUGUAUGUCAACUAACACAAGUUGGAAUGCAAAAGUGCUCUUAAAUUUAACUAUAAUAUGCAUAGAAUUAUGACUGUACAUGAGCCUCUUCAGUGUCAUUAAAACAUUAUUAAAUUCGCACAUGCACUGAUA